AUGUCAGCAUCAGGAUCGGGCUCAGCAUCAGCAUCAGGCUCGGGCUCGGGCUCAGGCUCAUCCUCCGGGUCCCGGUCUCCCUCGCCCGAAGUGGAUGGCCUGGAGACGAGCACUAAGACCUUCGCGGAGCUCGGUAUCAUCCCCGAGCUAUGCGAGUCCUGCGCUACUCUCGGCUUCAAGCGGCCCACCCCCAUUCAGGUGGAGUCGAUACCGGCUGCACUGGAAGGCAGGGAUGUCAUUGGUCUGGCGCAGACAGGGUCUGGAAAGACGGCGGCGUUCAGUCUGCCGAUUCUGCAGACUCUGUGGUCACAUCCUUCGGCUUUCUACGCGUUGAUACUGGCGCCAACAAGAGAGCUGGCCUACCAGAUUGCUCAGCAGAUCACAUCACUCGGUGCCCCGCUGGGCGUGCGGACAGCCACUAUUGUCGGAGGGAUGGAUAUGAUGUCCCAAUCUAUCGCUCUGUCUAAGCGUCCACAUGUGGUUGUGGCUACUCCAGGGCGUUUGAUGGACCAUCUGGAGAAUACGAAGGGCUUCUCGUUGAAGGCGCUAAAGUACUUGGUCAUGGACGAGGCGGAUCGUCUGUUGGACAUGGACUUCGGACCCAUCAUCGACAAGAUCCUGAAAGUCAUCCCAAAAGAGCGGAACACAUAUCUCUUCUCGGCUACAAUGACCACUAAGGUGGCCAAGCUGCAACGAGCAAGUCUGAACAAGCCUAUCCGCGUGGAAGUCUCCUCAAAAUACUCGACCGUAUCCACCCUUCUGCAACACUACCUCCUCCUUCCCCUGAAACACAAAGACUCGCACCUCCUCUACCUCACCACCGAGCUCGCCUCAUCCUCCAUGAUCAUCUUCACCCGGACCGUCAAUGAUGCACAACGGCUAUCGAUCAUCCUCCGUCGUCUUGGCUUCCCAGCUAUCCCGCUUCAUGGGCAGAUGAGUCAAAGCAUGCGGCUGGCGAGUCUGAAUAAGUUCAAGUCGGGCGGGAGGAGUAUCCUGGUGGCUACGGAUGUGGCGAGUCGAGGGCUGGAUAUACCAUUAGUGGACCUUGUCAUCAAUUACGACAUGCCGACCAACUCGAAAGACUACGUCCACCGAGUAGGUCGUACGGCCCGAGCUGGUCGGUCCGGAAAGUCCAUCACCCUCGUCACGCAAUACGACGUCGAGAUCCUCCAACGUAUCGAAGCGCACAUCGGUAAGAAGAUGGAAUCCUUCGACGUCGACAAGGAGGCGGUCGCAGUCCUAUCGGAUAGUGUGGCGCGAGCGAGUAGAGAGGCAGCGCUGGAGAUGCGGGAGAGCGGGACUGGCGGGUCAGGUGGGAAGAGGGGUAGAGAUAGCGGGAAGCGAGGAAGGGAGGGGGAUGAGCGGGAUAGGGACGAUGAUGUUGUUGAAGCGGGGGUGCCGAGAGGGAAGAAAAACAAGUUUACGCAGACGAAGCGGAAAUAG